UGAUCACAUGUAAACACGGAAAUGCCGGUUAUUGGCAUUUCUCUCCUCUCAAGCUGUCACAAGACAGAAGACAUGUACACUGAUCAUCAGGGCACUGAUGAUCAGUGUGGCCCCAGAAGUGCCACCUGUCAGUGUCCAUCAGUGCCACAUCAAUGCCACAUAUCAGUGCAUACUAGUUUCACAUCAAUGCCACAUAUCAGUGCCCAUCUGAGCUGCCUUUCAAUGUCACCCAUCAGUGUCAGUCAGUGCCACCUAUCAAUGCCAAUCAGUGCCACCUAUCAGUGCCAUGCCCAUCAGUGCCACCUAUCAGUGUCCAUCAGUGCAGCCUAUCAGUGCCCAUCACUGCAGCCUCAUUAGCGCACAUCAGUGAAGGAGAAAAAUCACUUAUUUACAAAAUUGUAUAA